CUAUUAAUUCGAGAUUGGCCAUAGUCUCGCACUUACCCAGGCAUCCAUCGGUUGUACAUAGAUCAGAGGAUCACUUAUGAAUAAGCACUAUGCACUAGGUAGUAGGUAGUAAGCAACCUAGGCCAGAGAACGCUGUUACCCAAUUCGAGUUCUUUCUCCGAAACCCAUGCAUAUGUAUACGCCAGUAUGCGAGCCGUGCGAUGCCCUCCAUCAAUCCCUGUCACUCUUCUCUCACGAAAUACCCUCACCCUUCUCCAAAUGCUAUGGAUAUACAUCAAACCCGUACAUGAAACACAGAUUCACAAACUGAACUCACAACCGGCACAAUGGAGCAGACCACGAUCCCAACUCUCCAUCACAUGGUCUCAUCAAACUCAUUUCCCGUUCUCGUGACGUUGGAAGAAGCUUCUGCACUGCGGCCCGACGGCCUCAAAUACGACAUUGUCCACUACCGGCGCCCUCGGGGCCGCGCACCACCCGAACUCAAACAAGUCCAUCCACUUGGCAAAUCACCAGUCAUGGUAGUCAGACAAGCCGAUGGCUCCGGGACACCCGAGACCAUGAUCGAAAGCCGACUGCUAAUUGAAUACAUCCUCGACGAAUACACAAACGGCGAGCUCGAUCCACCGGAGGAAGAUAAGCGCCGAGCGAACUUCUGGUCCGAGUUCAUGCUGCGCAGCUUGAUGGGCAAAGUCAUCAUUCUGAUUCCGUGGUUGAUGAUUCCGCGCGUCAUGCCGUUUGGGCUGAGACAUCUUCUGCAAUUACUGUUUGCGCCGCUUGUGAAGAUACUUGCGCAGGACUUGCACCAGUUCUACCAAUUUACCAAUGAUGGCCUGAGUGAUGAGCGGCCGUGGUUCAAUGGGAGGAACUUUGGCGCGGCGGAUCUGAAGACGUUUUUCGUCUUGGAUCUUUGUGAGCAGCAGGGGGUUCUCUGGAAGCCAAAGAAGUAUCCGAGACUGGCGAGUUGGCAUGCUGCGGUGAAGGAAAGGGAUGCGUAUAAGAGGGCACUGGAGAUUGGUGGUACGUAUGACAUGUCCAUGAUAGAGUAACGUCUGUCGUUGUAAAGGAGACUUGGCGUUCAAGCUGUGAGAAGGUACCAGAUGGAGGUUACGAUGAUAGGAUACCAGCCUCCGAAGCAUAUAUUGGU